CCAGCGAUAAGGUGGUCGCCCAGCACACACAAAUACCAGCAACACACACACACACUUACAACUUAACGAACGAUCGUCAUCGUCGCUCACUUCGUUCGUAAAAUUUCGUUCGGCUCGCUCGCAUUCGUGAAACGUUUAAUCGCAGCGCAUUCAGAACCUGACAGCCAUUCGCUUGCCGUAACUUGUAGCGUGCGGUUGGUUUCUCUCCCUCGAGCGGAAGAAAAGAAAAAUAUAUAUUUGAAAAGAACUCAACAAGCAAAAUAUCUUGCACGAAAUUUACGUAGUUUCGUCGCGUAAAAGUGAACUAAAGUGAUCAUCAACAACACAAACUGAAAUAACAACAAUUUGUUAUAAACAAGCAGAGCAAAAAGAAAACUUCAAACAACAAAAGUGCGCAGCAAAUUUUGUACAUUUGCUGCCAAGUGACAAAAAGAGCAACAGAAAAAGCUAUCAAACUGUGUCUAAAACUGCAUAAACAGUAUAUAGCCGAUAUCGAAAUGGUUACCGGCGUCACAGUCAACAUGAACGCCAACGUUAUGGGCGCCGCCGCGGUGCCCGCUCAAAUCAAGGAGACACCGCUGAAAAGUGAUCGUCGGUCGAACAAACCCAUAAUGGAAAAACGUCGCCGAGCACGCAUCAACAAUUGCCUCAAUGAACUCAAAACACUGAUCUUGGAUGCUACCAAAAAAGACCCAGCGCGUCAUUCCAAGCUGGAAAAAGCCGAUAUCCUGGAGAAGACAGUCAAGCAUCUGCAGGAGCUGCAACGUCAGCAGGCUGCCAUGCAACAGGCCGCCGAUCCCAAGAUCAUCAACAAGUUCAAGGCCGGCUUUGCCGACUGCGCCAACGAAGUGAGCCGCUUCCCCGGCUUGGAGCCCGCCCAGCGUCGUCGUCUGCUGCAGCAUCUGAGCAACUGCAUCAAUGGCGUCAAGACUGAACUGCAUCAUCAGCAGCGCCAGCAGGCCGUUGCCCAGGCACAAUCCCUACACUCUCAGGUCGUGCUGCCCUCGCCACCCAGCUCACCCGAACAGGAGCCACUCACAGCGACGGCGACGGCAACAGUUGCUGGCAGCGCAGCAACAGCCACUCCCUAUCUCUUUGGCCAGAUCCAACAGAAUGCCAACGGCUAUUUUCUGCCCAAUGGCAUGCAGGUGAUACCCACAAAGUUGCCCAACGGCAGCAUUGCCUUGGUGCUGCCCCAGAGCUUGCCCCAGCAGCAGCAGCAACAGUUGCUGCAACAGCAACAGCAAUUGGCUGCCGCUGCUGCUGCAGCCGCUGCCGCCGCCGCGGCCGCUCAGCAAUCACCGAUGCUGGUGUCGAUGCCACAGCGCACGGCGAGCACAGGAUCAGCGAGUUCGCACUCCUCGGCGGGUUACGAGUCGGCGCCCUGCAGCAGCAGCAGCAGUGGCAGCUAUGCCCCGCCCUCGCCCGCCAAUUCCGCCUACGAGCCGAUGGACGUGAAGCCCUCGGUCAUCCAGCGUGUGCCCGGGCAUCAUCAUCUGCACCAGGAGCAGCAGCCGCUGUCGCUGGUCAUCAAGAAGCAGAUCAAGGAGGAGGAGCAGCCCUGGCGGCCCUGGUAAAUCGGCUGUUUUGCUAAGCCAGGCGCAGGCGCUUCGAAUCUCCCUCCUUCCCACACUCACACACACACACCCGCUUUAAAGACUGAUGGGCGUCGCACACACACACGUACACACCCUCCGCACACACCACACACACACACACUCUCUCACUCACACAUCUGCGCAGGCGUUGAGAGCAUGCGCAAAAUACAUUUCACCACAUUUCGCCAGGAUAACGCAAAUGUUGCUUCGAAGUGUUCCGAGCAUGCGAAACUCCUUUUUUUUUCCACCCAACUCAAUUCGCGGCGCAACUUUCCACUGGAAAAUGCGCAACGAGCUGGUUGGAGGAUUCAUCAACACACUCACACACACACACGCAAACACAACACAUUUUGUUAUAAAUUAUUUAUUAUUAUUAUUACAUUAGUUUUUGAUUGUGAAUUCAUUUCUCAAAUGGUAUUCUGCAUAUCACCAAAACUACCUCACUCCAAGUAGUACUUGGUGUUGAAUUUGCCUCAUGAAUCAUGUAUUAGAAUUUUCACGCUCCGUUUGGAAAGCAACAACAACAACAACAACAGCAUCCAAACAAUGCAAAAAGCAAUGAAAUCUUCAAUGUCUUCCACCACAAAGCGCGUAAAACGUUUUGUUUUUGUUUCAACAAGAGAUGAAGAAAAACAUAAUGAAGUCAGACACAAAAACUUAACCAUAAUACCAUAAUUAUUAUGCCUUAUAUCUCUCCAUUUAAAUAUAGUUUUCAUAUAGUCUAUACACAUACAUAUAUAAAAAUUCACAAACAUAUAUAUUUAGUUGUCUUUAAGGUUUUCUCUUGUUUCUAAGUUUAAGAAAGUAUAUAUAUAUAUACGUAUAUUUUGUAAGACAACGUGAUAUAGUAAACAUAAUGAGCGUCUAAGAGAAUGAAGAAGAAAAGAAAAAAACAAAACAAGAAUUUGAAAACAACAAAAGCAAAAAAACAAACAAAAAAUUGUUGAACAAAAAAUCAACAAUCA